AUGACACUAAACAACAAGGAGCCCUUCUCCGACGACUACGAGGGCCAGCACUUCCUGGUCAAGUACCAGGAUGCAGAGGGCAAGGUAAACCAACCCCACAUGAACCAGAGGGCAAGGUAAACCAAACCCACAUGACCCAGAGGGCAAGGUAAACCAACCCCACAUGACCCAUGCAUCAGAGGAUAGAUGAAGGCCCCUUUUUGUUUGUUUUUGCGUGGCAAGGUUGGGUUGGUUUACCUGACACCAUAUAUGUACUGUAUAUAUAACCCAUUGCUUAAGUAAUGUAUCACAUAUGUGGAGCAGCAACCAGGGAGUGGACUUUUUUCUCUAUUAUAACAGUAAUGUAUUGUGGCUAAAAAAGCAGAGACAGUACUUCCUCAUCAAUCUGGUAGUCUUCAUCGCCAAAGUCAACAAGCACUUUGGGAGAGCCUACUGA